AUGAUGGUGAUGUCGAUGCAAAACUUGGGGCUCAUUGGCAUGAUGACCGUUGCAUGGCCAGAAGACUUGAAGGGCUUCUUCAGUGUGUGUCAGUUUCUCUUGCUUGACAUCGACAGUUAUGGCUUCAGUUGCCUUGCAGGCUCAUCCGCGGCCAUUCGCUACCUUUUCAGUGCGCUGAUGUUUCCUAUUGGUGCGGCUUGGCUUUGGCUGUGCUAUGGGAUGUCUCGCUUUCUACCAACAGAGCACCGAUGGAUUCUCCCCAAGACGCAGAGCACUUGCGGGGCAUUUCUACAAGUGGGAUUCUCCACCAUGUCAGCCACAGCGCUUGCCCCGAUGAUGUGCUACAAACACCCAAAUGGUUUGAGAAGCGUCCUGAAGUAUCCAGAGAUCAUUUGUGGAUCUGAUGAGCAUAGCAUGAUCUUGGCCAUUGGUUGGACCUUUCUCAUUGUUUUUGUGCUGGGCUUUGUCGCCUUGUGCACAUUUGCAGUCACUCAGGACACUUGGCUGCCAUCAGUUUGUUUCUUUUUUCACCAGUCAGUCUUCUCGCACUCCCGAAAGUGUCAAGUUUCAAGUAGUUCUGCUUGCCAUACUACUACUAGGGGCAAGGACGCUACUAGGGGCUCCUGGCAUCGCUACUAG